AUGUCACCUAUUGAGACCUGCUGCGCCAUUGCCCCCGCGCCGGACGGUGAACCCAAUACAUUCACCAAUGUCAACCCCCUGUGGCACCCCCCCGGUGCACGCGGCAUAUAUGGCGGAGUCGCAAUCGCUCAAUCUCUCAGAGCCGCAUAUGCGACCGUUCCCGUUGAUUUUGUCGUCCAUAGUAUGCAUUGCCAUUUCCUGCUCGCGGGUAACUCCAGCACCCCCGUGCUCUACACCGUCGAAGUGGUCCGAGACGGCAGGACGUUCAUGACCCGCAGUGUUCGAGCCCUGCAGGAUGAUUCUUGCUUCUUUUCCACUGUGGUCUCCUUUCAACGAACUGCACCAAGUCCUGCCUCGUUUGUGUUGGCGGAUGCGGUUCGGCCUCCCGUCGGCACGACUCCCCCCGUUGGAGCAACGUCCGCUUCAACUUGCAGCAUUGACACGGAGGAACCAUUUGAGACUGUACUCUGUGAGUAUGCACCAGGUCUCUCACCGGCGACCCGAAAACCAUGCCAAUGGAUCAAGGCCCAUGGGCGUAUCAGAGGAGAUGAGCAGAAUGGUGACGGAGCUGCGGUACCUCCUUUACAGUCUCAGCUUGACAAGGAGAGGAGCCGUCAAAGAGCACAUAUCUGCGCUCUGGCAUACAUGUCGGAUUCGGACUUUAUCAACACGGUGUCACGGGCUCACGGACUUUGGCAUUUUUCAACUGACGAGUAUAUGGAGCAAACACGUGCUAAGUUCCAGGGCAACGAGUUGGAGCGGAUCCGCAUGGAGGCGUGGCUACAGAAUCGGGGCCGAGAUGAGGUUAUCAACAACAGAGCGGCAGCCAGAUAUGUGGGUGUCAAGUCUCCGAGGCGUGUGAAGAUGCUUGUGUCGCUGAACCACAGCAUCUUCUUUCACAACCAUCGCUACAUCCGCGCUGAUGAAUGGCUGCUUUCUGAGAUGCAAAAUCCCUGGACGGGGGAGGAGAGGGGAGUUGUAACGCAGCAUAUUUGGACCAGAGAUGGCGUCUUGGUGGCGACAUGCAUACAAGAAGGUGUCGUGCGGGUGUCCGACGAUGACAGAGGACGACUUUAG